AUGGAAACGACAAAACGACACAUCGCGCCCCUCAAAAUUGAGAAAGGGCACUCUACCUUUCUUUUGAACCGCUCCUAUUCUUCUCAGCAUCACCUCGAAAUGAGCCCUCCUCUUACGCCCUACAGUGGUGGAGAAGACAGCUCAGAGAAACCGAGAAACAUCUUUCAUAAUUAUCUUCGCGCAUUCUAUCCUUACCACCCGUCCGGCAAUGUGUCUCCAUCAACUGUUACCCUCCCCUUGGAUCAGGGCGAUAUAAUCCUUGUACACUCCGUUCACACCAAUGGCUGGGCCGAUGGCACCCUGUUAGAUACAGGCGCGCGGGGCUGGUUACCCACGAACUACUGCGAAGCAUAUGAUCAACAACAAAUGCGCCCGCUGCUCAAGGCGUUGACGGAUUUCUGGGAUAUCAUCCGGGGCGGGUGUGGGUUCACUGUGAAUGAGACUGGUAAUCAGGAUCUCGUGAGAGGCUUGAUAGCCGGUGUUCGCUAUCUCCUGCAAAAAUCCGAGUGCCUCACCCGUGACUGCAAGCUGGUGACCAACCAUGACGGAUUGCGCAGGAACCGGAAGGGCUUGUUGGCGGACCUGUCGUCCCUAGUCCGGACAACUAAGAAGUUUCAAGAACUUGCGAACAAGGACGCCAUGCAGGACGAUAUCGACUACUUAGUGGAUGAGAUGCUGCUCAAGGCUUUCCGUAUAGUGACUCGCGGAGUCCGCUUCCUCGACGUAUGGAAUGAAGAAGUCGGAUUGACUAGAACAAUCGCCGAAAUGGAGCAACAAUCAGCACGCUACGACCUUUCAUCGCCAGGCCCCCACGAGACGUACUCGGUAACGGAGAAUGCUCAUUCAGAGGCGGAGACUGAGCGGAAUGAGUCGAGAUUACUCAACCGCAGUCGAUUGGAUAUGAGCCGAGCAUCCAACCACAUGGAUGAUGCGCUACCGGCGCGUUCUGUGUCGGUGACCACCAAACGGAUAUCCAUAUCCCACCGAGUGUCCUACUCAGGUCCCGCUACCGCAGUCCGGAACCUCAACUUAGCAUCCGAACGACUGAGUUCGUCAUACGAUGCCUUCCUUGGCGUGUUGGGUUCAUUUAUUGGCCUGCACCUUCAGUCUCGAUCUUCCACCGAACUAGUGGUGACCACGGAGCAGUCCGUGCGCUCCUGUCGGGCUUUACUGACCGUCAUUGAGGCCGCUUGUGAGCAUGACCCACAGGGCAGUGAGUUGCUGGAGCAGGCCAGAGACGCUAUGUACGAGCGGCUUUCUGAAUUGGUCUACGCUGCGCGGGACGCCUUUCGCCCAGCUCACUCCCCCGACGACGAACUAGUGUUUUUGCCCGAUGAGGGGAAGCGCUUGGUGGAUGCCGCCACGGACUGUGUCCGCGCGGCGGGGAAUUGCCUGGCCAAAGCGCGCCUCAUGCUGGAGCAAUGUGGCGACUUUGAACUCGAGGCCAUGCCCCAGGAUGCGGCCCCUGCGGCGAUAGUGCUACCUGUCUUGAACCUGACCCCGCAACCGCCGCAGACAGGCACGUUCGACAGCGACUCAAUCCGCCCACAGGAUGUCUCACUUCGAUUACCCCCUCCGCCUCUGCAAAUUCCCAUCUCGACCAACGCUGGUUACUCCUCCUCCUCUCCCCCAGCACUCACGGAUGACAGCACACCUUCUUCUUCUUUCCAAUCGCGAGGUGGGGCGAGCACCCCGGCUGCCGCUGAUACCGAAACUUCUUCAUUCCAGCCUACAAAUAUUCUUUCGUCGAGCUUGGACAAGAUCUCGUUCUCUCGCCCUGACAUGCAACCAUUCGAUGAUCGGAACAGUCAACCCAAGUGCGAAGCACGCGACUCAAUUGGCCGCGGAGUCAUGAGCAAUGGAAGCAGCUUCACAUUCAAUAGCCGUCUUCGGGACUCGGAAAUGAGUGGUGUCUCACAAACAUCAACACGAGCGACGUCGCCAGAGAUAGGAAACAGCUAUCAAAUUCCUUACUUGAGAGGCAGUGUGAGCCAUUCCACAUUGGCGGAGGAGCAUGAAGAAACCGAGGCCAACGUCCUUGAGCGAACCUACGCCCACGAGCUGAUUUUCAAGGACGGCCAGGUGAUGGGGGGUAGCCUUCGUGCCCUGGUCGAAAAGCUCACGGCUCAUCAGUCGACCCCGAAUGCCACAUUUGUUUCGACCUUUUACCUUACUUUCCGCUUGUUCGCGACCCCUUCCGAAUUCGCCGAAACCUUGGUCGAUCGGUUCAACUACAUCGGUGACACACCCCACGCCGCGGGUCCCGUUCGUCUUCGUGUAUACAACGUCUUCAAAGGCUGGCUCGAGUCCCACUGGCGACAUGACUGUGACAACGUUGCACUCGAUUAUAUCAUUGGUUUUGCCAAUACGAACCUUAGGUAUAACCUGCCUACUGCCAGCAAGCGCCUCCUGGAACUUGCGGAGAAAGUCUCAAUGGUUCAUGGUCCGGUUGUGCCGCGUCUCGUUUCCUCGAUGGGCAAAACUAAUACUGCAACUGCGCAAUAUGUCCAUCCAGAUACCCCUCUUCCCCCACCCAUACUGGGGAAGAAGGAGCUGGGUCUACUGAAACAAUGGAAGAAUGGAGACAACAAUAUUUCAAUUCUGGAUUUUGACCCGUUAGAACUCGCUCGCCAGUUUACGAUCAAAGAAUCGCGAAUAUUCUGUGCCAUCCUUCCUGAGGAGUUGCUUGCAACUGAGUGGAUGAAGAAGUCUGCUUCGCUGGCGGUCAAUGUUCGCGCCAUGUCGACCUUAUCGACAGAUCUGGCGCACCUCGUCGCUGACUCCAUCCUCUUGCUUGAAGAACCGAAGAAGCGUGCGGCUAUCAUCAAGCAUUGGGUCAAGAUUGCCAACAAGUGUCUGGAGUUAAACAACUACGACUCUUUGAUGGCUAUCAUUUGCUCGUUGGAUUCAUCAAUGAUUUCUCGUCUUAAGCGGACAUGGGAGGUUGUGUCUCAGAAGACGAAAAACACUCUCGAAUCUCUCCGGGGGAUAGUCGACGUCUCGCGUAACUACGCUGUUCUUCGACAGCGUCUGCAAAACCAUGUGCCACCUUGCUUACCGUUUGUCGGCACCUAUCUGACCGACCUGACGUUUGUUGACCAUGGCAACCAGCCCCUCCGUUCUCUACCCACGGACGAUGGAGAAAUGGCUGUGAUAAACUUUGAUAAGCAUAUGAAGACGGCGAAGAUCAUUAGCGAACUACAGCGCUUCCAGAUCCCUUACCGCCUGAUGGAAGUCCCAGAAUUGCAGGCAUGGAUGCAAAACGAGCUGGUCCGGGUGCGAUCCAACGGGGAGAAAAGCUUACAGACAUUCUAUCGUCGGUCGCUCAUCCUCGAACCCCGUGAGGCACCUCAACAGCAACGUACGUUACAAACGGAGUCCAGUUCCUCUUCGAUUCUUGAAAACGCCAAGGACAAAUUUGAAUUCCUGUCGUGGACACAUCCGUCAAAAAACAAAUCCGUUGCAACAAAUGGCUAA